AUGCUGAAUCAAACCUCUGUCACUGAAUUUCUCCUCCUGGGAGUGACAGACAUCCAAGUACUGAAGCCUGUUCUCUUCGUGAUUUUCCUUGCAAUUUACAUUGUCAAUGUGGCUGUGAAUGGAGUCAUCCUGAUGGUUGUCAUCUCUGAUUCGAGACUCCAUUCUCCUAUGUAUUUUUUCCUGGGAAACCUGUCAUGUCUAGAUAUCUGCUUCUCCACAGUGACUCUGCCAAAGAUGCUGGAGAACUUCCUCUCUACCCACAAAACAAUUUCUUUCUUGGGAUGCAUAAGCCAGCUUCAUUUCUUCCACUUCCUGGGCAGCACAGAGGCCAUGUUGUUGGCCGUGAUGGCCUUUGACCGCUUUGUGGCUAUCUGCAAACCACUUCGUUACACUGUUAUCAUGAAUCAUCAGGUCUGUACCCAGGUGGCUGUCACUGUCUGGAUCAUUGGUUUUUUCCAUGCCCUGCUGCACUCAGUAAUGACCUCUCGCAUAAACUUCUGUGGUUCUAACCGUAUCCAUCACUUCUUCUGUGAUGUUAAGCCAUUGCUGGAGUUGGCCUGUGGGGACACUGACCUCAAUGAAUGGCUACUUCAUUCUAUUAUCCUGGCCACUGCUCUCCUCAUCCUCUGUCCCUUUGGCCUCAUCCUGGGUUCCUACGGGCGUAUCCUGGCUACUAUCUUCCGGAUCCCAUCUGCUGCUGGCCGCCUCAAAGCCUUCUCCACUUGCUCCUCCCACCUGCUGGUGGUGUGCGUUUUCUAUGGCACCGCCAUCUUUAUCUACAUCCGGCCUAAGGCCAGCUAUGAUCCCGCCAGUGACCCCCUUGUCUCCCUCUUCUAUGCUGUAGUCACCCCCAUCCUCAAUCCCAUCAUCUACAGCCUCCGGAACGCUGAUGUCAAGGCUGCCCUAAAGAGAACCAUCCAGAAAAUGGGGCCGGCAAAAAUUUGA